AUGUGGGUGGAGGCUCGUGAAGGAAAAAUGGGCAAGUGUUCGCUUGGAACUGACAGGCUUGUGUGUUGUGCUUAUCUUCUAACCUGUGAUAUUUUUUUUUCUUUCGCAGGACCCGUCGGGGCACAGCCCCUACUCAUGGUGCCCAGACGUCCUGGCUAUGGCACCAUGGGCAAACCCAUUAAACUGCUGGCCAACUGCUUCCAAGUUGAAAUCCCAAAGAUUGAUGUCUACCUCUAUGAGGUGGAUAUCAAACCAGAUAAGUGUCCUCGGAGGGUGAACAGGGAGGUGGUGGACUCAAUGGUGCAGCAUUUUAAAGUGACAAUAUUUGGGGACCGCAGACCGGUUUAUGAUGGGAAAAGAAGCCUCUAUACAGCCAAUCCGCUUCCCGUGGCCACUACUGGGGUGGAUUUGGAUGUGACAUUACCAGGAGAAGGUGGAAAAGAUCGUCCCUUCAAAGUGUCAAUAAAGUUUGUUUCUCGGGUGAGCUGGCACUUGCUGCAUGAAGUUUUGACAGGAAGAACCUUGCCUGAGCCUCUGGAACUAGACAAACCUAUCAGCACUAAUCCUGUUCAUGCUGUCGAUGUGGUGCUACGACACCUACCCUCCAUGAAGUAUACCCCUGUGGGCCGCUCCUUUUUCUCAGCUCCGGAAGGCUAUGAUCACCCCUUGGGUGGGGGUAGGGAGGUCUGGUUUGGAUUCCAUCAGUCCGUUCGGCCUGCCAUGUGGAAGAUGAUGCUCAAUAUUGAUGUUUCUGCCACUGCCUUCUACAAAGCACAACCUGUCAUUCAGUUUAUGUGUGAAGUUCUUGACAUUCAUAAUAUUGAUGAACAACCAAGACCUCUGACUGAUUCUCAUCGGGUAAAAUUCACCAAAGAGAUAAAGGGUCUAAAGGUAGAAGUGACUCACUGUGGAACGAUGAGAAGGAAAUACCGCGUUUGUAACGUAACCAGAAGGCCUGCAAGUCAUCAAACCUUUCCUUUACAGUUAGAAAAUGGCCAGACUGUGGAGAGGACAGUAGCACAGUAUUUCAGAGAGAAAUACAACCUCCAGCUGAAAUACCCUCACCUUCCUUGCCUACAAGUGGGACAAGAACAGAAACACACCUACCUGCCUUUAGAAGUCUGUAACAUCGUGGCUGGCCAGCGGUGUAUCAAGAAGCUGACGGACAAUCAGACAUCGACCAUGAUAAAGGCCACAGCGAGAUCUGCUCCAGAUAGGCAAGAGGAAAUAAGCAGAUUGGUGAGAAGUGCAAAUUAUGAUGCAGAUCCAUUUGUUCAAGAGUUCCAGUUCAAAGUCCGGGAUGAGAUGGCCCAUGUGACGGGGCGCGUGCUCCCAGCCCCGAUGCUGCAGUACGGAGGACGGAACCGGACGGUGGCAACCCCAAGCCAUGGGGUAUGGGACAUGCGAGGGAAGCAGUUUCACACUGGUGUUGAGAUCAAAAUGUGGGCUAUAGCUUGCUUUGCAACACAGAGACAAUGCAGAGAAGAAAUACUGAAGGGUUUCACGGACCAGCUGCGCAAGAUCUCCAAAGACGCGGGGAUGCCGAUCCAGGGGCAGCCCUGUUUCUGUAAAUACGCCCAGGGUGCAGACAGCGUGGAGCCCAUGUUUCGACACCUCAAGAACACCUAUUCGGGGCUUCAGCUCAUCAUCGUCAUCCUGCCAGGGAAGACACCGGUGUACGCGGAGGUGAAGCGUGUGGGAGAUACACUGCUGGGCAUGGCCACGCAGUGUGUUCAAGUCAAGAACGUCAUUAAAACAUCUCCACAGACCCUAUCAAAUCUGUGCCUGAAGAUUAAUGUUAAACUAGGAGGAAUCAACAAUAUCCUUGUACCUCACCAACGACCUUCUGUGUUCCAGCAGCCAGUGAUCUUUUUGGGAGCUGAUGUCACUCACCCUCCUGCUGGAGAUGGAAAGAAGCCUUCCAUAGCUGCUGUUGUAGGUAGUAUGGAUGCUCAUCCAAGCCGGUACUGUGCCACGGUGAGAGUUCAGCGACCCCGGCAGGAAAUCAUCCAAGAUCUGGCCUCCAUGGUGAGGGAGCUGCUCAUCCAGUUCUACAAGUCCACACGGUUCAAGCCCACACGUAUCAUCUUCUAUAGGGACGGGGUCUCUGAAGGACAGUUUCGACAGGUUUUGUAUUAUGAACUGCUAGCCAUUAGAGAAGCCUGCAUCAGUUUGGAGAAGGAUUACCAGCCUGGAAUAACCUAUAUCGUGGUGCAGAAGCGACAUCAUACACGAUUGUUCUGUGCUGACAGAACAGAAAGGGUUGGACGAAGUGGCAAUAUUCCAGCUGGAACAACUGUAGAUACAGACAUUACACAUCCAUAUGAGUUUGAUUUUUACCUCUGUAGCCACGCUGGAAUACAGGGUACCAGCCGUCCCUCACACUAUCAUGUUUUGUGGGAUGAUAACUGUUUUACUGCAGAUGAACUUCAGCUGCUGACUUACCAGCUCUGCCACACAUACGUGCGCUGUACACGAUCGGUUUCUAUACCUGCACCAGCCUAUUAUGCUCAUCUGGUAGCAUUCAGAGCACGAUACCAUCUUGUGGACAAAGAACAUGACAGUGCUGAAGGAAGCCACGUGUCGGGACAGAGCAACGGCAGAGAUCCGCAGGCCCUCGCGAAGGCUGUACAAAUUCACCAAGACACCUUACGCACGAUGUACUUCGCUUAAGUCAAUAAGGUGGAAGCAUACUCGCUGAAAGGAAGAACUGCGAAAUGAAUCCACAUACAAUGUAUGUUUCCAGUGGGGUUGGUUUAGGGGGUGAGCCUCCGAUCGUGCUGAAGUUGACACUGUGCAGGGGCGAGAGGCUAACCCUUAAAUUGACACCAGGAAGAUUGUUUACUUCAUCGAGGAACACAGCACUAUUAUGCAAUAUGAAACCAGCCAACUGCUUUUGUGGCACGGAAGCACCGCCAUCAUUAUUUUUUUUU